CGUUCCUGCCGCUGUUCCCCAUGUCGCCGCUCGAAGCGCCCCCUGGAACGUUCCGCGCCUGACCAAAGCAGCCUCUGUCGGAAGACAGUGGCGACAAGAAACUCCGUGAUCCUGGCUGAACCAUUCGUCAUGCAGUGGUACUCGCGUCAGGUGGCCAAUCACCCGAGCCUGGUGAUCUUCGUGGUGUUCUCGCUGGCCACCACGGCCAUCGUGGCGUCGCUCACCCUCUGGGAGCUACCCAGCUUCACAGACCCCCUCAGGGGCUUUGAGCCUCGAGGCACAGUGCUGGCACAGCGCCUGGCAGCCUGGAAGAACCUGCAGGAUGCGUCCACGUGGGAUGGCAUGCUGUCCAUGUACCCGGAGCCACAGGACGUCACCAAGAAACCCAAGACCACCACGACAACGCCACCUGUUGCUGGAGUUUCCUCUCCCACCUCACCCUCGGUGCUGCCCUCUGGCAACGGUGGAGAGGAAAUCCCAUCAAAUGGGAGCCAGCCCGAAGUGCCCCCCACGGAUGAGGAGGAGGGCUCGUACGGCCGGCUUGUCCAGAGUCCGCCCACGUCCAAGGGUCGCAAGCGCAAGAAAGACCCACAGGACGCCCGGUCGGAGCCGGGAAAGCCGCGCCGGAAGCUCGGCCCCCUGUGGAAGCGUCGAGGAGAGGGCGCUCCCAGGAACCGUGAGAGGGCACGUUACUUCUGCAGUGACCCAUCCCGGAACCACGGCCACGUGGUGUUCGGUCCAGUGGUUCCUGGAGUGAACCUGUUCACGCUGGAGGCGCUGCUGUCCAUCUGUCGGAUGGACCUGGAUGUGCUGCGACGCCCUUCCAGCCUGCGGCCCAUUUGUGAGCGUCUCAGCCCACACCGCUGCUGCACUUCGUGGUCCAUCCCGCACUUUGUUGCACUGCUCCACAACCGAUCCUCGUGCAUGGACAUCACGGCCACCGACGUCCAGAAGGUCCUCAAGAGGCUGGAAGCCUGCGCUCCGCACUACCACAGCAUGAAGUUGAGCCACGACUGCGCCUCGGGGGCUCCGUUGUGCCGCGGAGUCCCCGCUGAGUGCAUCGAGUACAACGCUGUGUACACCAUCCUCCACUACCUAGCUGACGUUGACUUCCUCGCACCGGUUGACAGCCGGGACGACGGCAGCGACGAGCUCAUCGAUGACUGGGACGGUGGUGGCGGCAGACGAAACGACUCGGCGUCUGCGCAGUCCGGUCAGGGCCGGCUUGUCCGCAAGCCGCACCUGUCCUACACCAGUGUGUUUUUGCCACUGGGCCAGAGCACGAUGGCCAUGCCUUACUACAAGGAUCUCGAGGAGUAUGGCCAUCUAGAGGAUGAUGUAACUCAGGUGGUUGGCAUGGAACUGGGCCUGAAGCACGCCCUGUUUGACGAGUACCUCCUGCACGACACAGUGUACGUGGCUGCGGGCGUGACGGUGUUGGCAGCCAUGUGGGCCUACACGCAGUCGUUCCUGGUCACGGCCGUCACGUGCAUGGCCGUCGUCUUCUCCCUGGGCACGGCGUACUUCCUCUACACGACGGUCUUCCGCAUCUCCUUCUUCCCCUUCAUGAACGUCCUCACGCUCACCAUCGCCAUAGGCAUUGGAGCGGACGACGCCUUCAUCUACUGCAAGACGUGGGGGGCAGCCAAGGCGGAGAAAAACAGCGGCACGCUGGUCAAGCUGGUCCGGGACACGCUGCACCACGCCUGUCUCUCCAUGCUGGUGACCAGUGUCACCACGGCCGCUGCCUUCUUCGCCAGCUGUGUCAGCAGCAUCACCGCUGUUCGCUGCUUCGGCCUGUUUGCUGGCACGGCCGUGCUGGCCAGCUUCUUCUUCACGGUGACGUGGCUGCCCGCAGCGCUCAUCGUGGCCGAGAAGUGGUGCUCCUCCACGUGCUGCCUCUGCGUGCCGCCCUUCGGCGUGUACCUGCCCCGGCUCAAGCGCUUCUGGUGCUGCGCACCCGUCUGCGCCGCAUUAUGGCGUCUCCACCACAGCCUUGCGGAAGCGGCACGUGUCUUCUACGACAAGCUCCUUCCGUGCAUCGCCAACCGCUUUCCCUGCUGCGAGUCGUCCCACUUCCCGUACGCGCGGGACGUCUUCAGUCUCUGCCUGCGGCGGGCCAUCGCGAGCCUGCACCAGUCGCCCGGCUACUACUUCGUCCCCGGCAUGGCGGGCCCGCGCUUCCUGCGCAACGGCACGGUGCGGGCCAUCGUGCUCGAGUACGACAGCGUCUACUCCUACUCCCACUCGCACCACGACAUGGGCGCCUUCUGGAACCGCGUCGAGAGCUGGAUCGAGCGGGAGAUGACGACCGCGCCGCCGGGGCUCCGCAACGGCUGGUUCAUCAGCGACCUCGAGUUCUACGACCUGCAGAGCAGCCUCGCGGAGGGCACGCUGGUCGCCAUGGGUGUCGCGGUAGGCGUGUCGUUCGUGGCCCUGCUGGUGACCACGCUGAACCUGCUUGUGAGCCUGUAUGCCAUUGUCACCAUCGCAUGCGUCAUCUGCACGACGGUGGGCGCGCUGGUGCUCAUGGGUUGGCGGCUCAACGUGCUGGAGAGCAUCACGGUGUCAGUGGCCAUUGGCUUGGCCGUCGACUACACGAUACAUUACGGCGUGGCUUAUCGCCUCUCAGAGCAGCAGGAUCGGGAGACCUCGGUCAUUCAGUCGCUGUCUCGCGUUGGCAGCCCCGUCACCAUGGCAGCCCUGACGAGCUUCCUGGCCGGCGCGCUCAUGUUCCCCUCCUUCGUCCUCGCCUACCUCCAAGUGGGCACCUUCCUCAUGCUCAUCACGAUCGUCUCCUGGGUGUACGCCACGUUCUUCUUCCACUCGCUGCUCAGCGUUGCCGGACCGCAGCGUGGCCAGCUGCAGCUGGACUACCCAAGCCUGCACUGCUGCGAGAGCGCGUCGCCGGCACCCGUCGACAAGACAGUGUACGCGCUCUCCGAGUCCACUCUGUCCACGUCGAGUGCCAGCUGCCCCGCGGCCAUCGUACACAGCGAGAGCCACGAGCUUGAGCCGCUCACCCUCGCCGCGGCGCUCAAUGGUGGCAGCGCGGUCAACCGCAACGGCAACAAGAAGAAGCAGAAGAAGAAGGCGAGGCAACGCUCGGGGAGCCUGUCGGCCGCAGCCGCGCGGACUCACGGCGCGCGCCGGAAAGUGAGCCUGCCUGUCGUGAGCGUGACGUUUCAUGGCGACCCGAGCCCGCGCCACGUGUCGGGCGCCACCAGCUCGUCGACCAUCGUGUGCGGUGCCGAUGAAGACAUUCACGACGACCCUGUCGCAUGAGCCGGAAAAACCCCGCCGGGCAAACCCCAUCGGACAAACGCCGCUGGACGAACCUCACUGGGCAAAACUCGAUGGAAAGGCGUGGGAACGGUUCCCGCGUUUCUGACGUGAUCCUCAGACUCCAGGGCAUCGGCAGCAAGGCUGAUGAAAGUGCCAAAACAAGGACCACGAAGGGAGACUCGUCGAAAAGCUUGUGUAUCCCUAAUGGGCCUGUUACAGUUUGAGAUCUACGAUGAUGCACCAUGCAUCAGACGAUCACAAGUGUGGCGUUGUUUGCCCAAGUGGCAGAAUGUAGAAGAGAGCGAUAUUGUUGAAAUAGUUAUCCGCGUGAAUGAGUGCAACGGCGGCCAUAUUACGUGCGGGAUGGCUAAUGCAGGGCUCAAGAGAGUUGAUUUUCUCAGUUUCGAAGGCUUGUGUAACUCUAAAGAGCCUGUUUGAGGUCUACGACGAUGCACUGUGCACGAGACGAUCACGAGUGUGACAUUGUUUGCCUGAGUGGCAGGACGUCGAAGAGAGCGAGAUCGUUGCAAUUGUUAUCAGCUUGAAUGAGUGUAAGGUGGCUAUAUUUCGUGCGAGAUGGCAAACAUGGGGCCCAAGAGAUUUGACUUUCUCGUCAACUAGAAAAGUUUCGAGGUGAAUGCAACACUUACAGCAAAAGUGAGAAAAGUCAUGCUCAUUACAGGAAGAUGAUGAAAGCUGCACUUAACACUGUCAGUGCUAAGGUUGGCCACGUUUUCUACACUAAAGUCAGGAGUUGAAACAAAGAACUUUAAUGUUGCAAAACGUUGAGUAUGCGUUUGAGUUUGCGUAGAACUGCUUGUCUGCUCACUAUUGACAAAAAGGCCUUAGAGAAAUGGGGACAAUGCAAGAGUUUUUACAACUGAGCCCAGGUUUUCGUUGUUAGCUUGUUUGCUUUUUUCUGCGAGUUGAUCAACAGCAACAGAGGCACUCAAAGUGCGACCACUCGACAUGUACAUAAUGUCCCUCGUUGCCAAAGCAGCAUGCAGCACAGUUGCAAAGAAGCUUAUUAGCGGUUUGCCUUAAUUGAUGCGGCUACAUUUUAUUUAUCGUUUCGUGUGAAUGUGUAAAUACGGAGCGAUACAGUGGUGACGCAUCGUAUACCCUGAAGCACUGUUAUCUACAGUCUGCAUGCUGAGUUAAUGAGAGUGUGAUCAACAUGUUGUAAAUAAGAAAAAUAUUUGCGCUUACUUUCAGCCGAUCACAGAAAUGAACAAAAAAAAAGAGAAGCACUUCUUGGAGCAGCAAGCAUUUUUUUUAAUACCAAAGAAGUGUGUUUGACAGCGCAGUCGCUCAUUACAGCUAAAAGUUUGCUCACUGCUGAGAGUGGCAUGCUGCUGACAUGAAGCUUGACAUGUGCACGCUGUGCACACAACAUUGCUAAAUGAGACAUGAAUGUUUAUGUCACGUGGACAUUGCACGUGUGCGGUUGUGUCAGGCACCCACUCACUGGUGAUGUGUGAAGCAGUUUAUCGUAACUAUAUUGCUUCGUUCUGUAGCAUUUGUUCAGAAUUUAUUUACAGAACAUCAUGAUCAAGAAAAGCACUCCAUAACCUGGCUAUUAUUGCAUGCUCUUGUAAGUCAAUUUAGCUAUAAUGAACAUAUGACCGUGUUUUGCACUCUAAGAUUUAAAUUUAUGUCCACUUCUUACUGGUAGAUUAAAAAAAAAACUUUAUGACCUAACAGUUCACUCUAUUCCUAAAAACGAUUUCUUACAAGCCCUAAAAAAAGCUUUACAGCUAUGUAAAGCAUAAAUGGUUAAGAUAGCCUUUAUACCUUGUGAUGAGGUCUCAUUAAAUACCUUACUGGCAAUUUGAAGAAUUUAAAUUGAGGGCAUCGGCUGAUCAGUUGAAAAGCAAAUGAGUUAUUUUGGGGCAUACUGCAGCAUUUACAUAUAUGUACUACUGCCAGCGUGCGAGAAAACAUUUCGCGGAAAUUCUGAUGAACGUUAAAUUCCACUUUAAAACCUGCGAUGAGUUAUCGAAGAACAAACAUUACAGUGUCUGAACAAAACCAUGCAGUUUUAUAUCAUUGACCAACAUUCAUGGCUUGUGACUUAAGUGACAAGCUAGCUCAUUUGUAUGUCACACUUGUGACAUGGAGUGUAGGCAAUGUAUAGAUGUGUGUUGAUUUUAUGUGUCACAUUGCCGUGGGCACCCAGAUGUUGCUCACUCGCGUUUCGAUCUCGUCGUACUGUGUUGUGACUUUUCUGCAGCAGCAUCCGUCACGCUUGCCGUCACAUGUGACGCAGUGGGAUGCAUGCGAUGGAGCUUUAUGUUCUGGCACUGCUGCCGUGCAAGCCAAGUUUCCGAGACUUCCAUGCAAGACAUGUCACAUGUGUGCUUCCGAUGUCUAUCAGUCUGCUGGUUCGUCACGUCACGUUCUUGUGUAACAGGCAGCUGAUGCACUGUGUUAACCAGCACGCGUCUUCUUUUUUUUCUGUGUGUGUCACUCCAAAGUGAGCAGCAGCACCUGAAAGUCACAACUUGUGUGGCAAAACCUGUGCAUACCUCCCGAAAGGUCGUCACGUAUGCGUCUGUCACACCUUGUAUAAUGCACCGAGUCUGUAGUCGCCAUUGAGCAGUAGUUUGUUUCUGUAAAUACAAAUCAUGCAGAGGCUUUAGAUAUGGCUACGCACAGGGACAACAUUCUGUGGCUACGCAGCAAAAACUACGGGCUGUAGCGAUGGUACACAUGUACACGAUUUUGUAAAUAUUCCCGACAGACUUGAUGUCGCUUGCGGUAUCUGUUCUGGUGGUACGAGCACUGGGCUUCUUAGGAAUCACGUCACAGCCGUGACCAAAAUUGUCACGCAAGCUAUAUUCUUUAGACCAGAUAUAUACAUUGCAUGUGUUGUUGUUUUUUUCACUUUGAUUAGCAAGAUUCGUCGUGACUGUCACACACCGCAAGCGAAAUAUGCUCAGUAAUUUCUUGCCACCAUGUAUGUACUAAUGGAACAGUAAAGUAGCAUCAUCAUUCGGGAAUUCCCGAAGAUGCACAUGUUGAUUUCGUGACGUCAUUGGACUCUGCAAGUUCUUGCUGGAGCCCAGCAUAAAACCUUUCACGUUAAAAAGGAUGUCGCAGUAUAACUCGGUGUGAAAAUUUUAGCUCGUAGUUUCUUUUAUAUCAUCAUACGAGAAUAAUUCAGAUUUGGAGCUACAUUUAGUGUCACAGUAAUGUGUGAGCUGUGGCUCUGCAACUUUGGCUGUAAGCCAUAAAAUGUUGUCCCCAAAUGUAGUUCGUAUGUAAACACUGUAGUAAAGAGAGUUGUACAGUACGGCUGUUGUGGAUCACGUUGACAGCCAAAGAAAAAAAAACUCACUUGUGUGUACAGCAUCUCAAGAUGGUCGUCACAGUUUUCUCGCCUCCACGAUUUCAGUGUCACCUUUAUUACAGCUUUGAGGUUUAAGUUCCUCACAGUCAAAUUCAUAAUAUAUGUCUGUGUAAAGGAAAUGUAUUGGAUCAUACAAAUCCUUACAAAAUCUAUUAUCUAGGGGUCAGUCCAACACUUAUUGACUUGGGCCACCUGUGCUGGAAAAACAGAACAACACACAAACAUAUGGGCCUAGAGAUAUAUCAAUAUGUAGUACGCAUACUAGUGUUGUAUAAUUUUGUUUAUUUAUUUGUUAUGAAGCUUUGUUUGUUGAGGGUUUACAAGGCUAGCUUUUUGAUUGCUGUAACAUUAACCGCAAUCUCUGCUGCUGACAGGAUACUAAAGUUGCUGUAGAAAUUAAUGCGGAUGGUUUUCCCAGGUUGGCACUGAAAUCUGAAAUAAAAUUAUAGAAAUUUAAUCAGAAUUUUCUGUGGGAGAUGUACAGCUCAAACUAAAAUUUACAACAAGCCAUAAAUUCAUAUUACCUUUGCAUGUUGGCUUCAUAUAAAAAUAAUGUGCUAGUAUUGAGAACAAAAAUUUUUUUUUACUUUAUAAGGAAAGUCAAGAUCACUAUUUGUGUGAGUGUUUGUUCUCUCAAACAAAGUCAGUAGACAGUAUGAAAGCUGGGUAGUAUGGCUCAGCCAAUGUAUCACACGCGACAAUGUUCCAAAGUUAAUGGGACACACUGUUAUUGAUGUUCAUGUGAACAUCACCGGGCUAGUUGUUAGCACUUGUAGAACGUCAGUGUUGAAAACCUCGUCGAAAAUCCUGUGUGUAAGUGAUUCAUUGGAUGCACAUAAAGGUUGGCCUUCACUAGCUUGAUGACUGAAUUACAACACCACCUUCAUAAUUAACAUUUUUGAAGUAAUUAGCAAGUUGCCAGGUGAAUGUUAAAAAGAGAAAGUUUAAGAUGUGCCAAACGGCGAUGUACAGAGUUCACUUCCAGAUUUCAGCAGGGCUGAAUCUGCGUGUUUACGCAAUUGUACAUAACAUUUCAGGGCAUGCAAAAGUAAGUCAUGUGCGCGUUCAUGUUAACAAUCACCAUCGCCUUUACGUGACAUAGUAUAUUAAACGUAAACUCAUCUUGAAGCCUGAAUCUCACCAACCUGAAGCAUGACUCAUGCAAUUAUUUUCAUGGUGUCAGUUGAAUUGUUGUUCUAUGCUUCUCAGUUCCUUUUGUCGUGUGAAAUAAUGCAGUCUGCAUACAAUUUACAGAAGCCAACUUAUGUAAUCCCGACGCCACAUGAGAGCAUAAAAUGACGCUACCAGCUCAUUGCCUUAAAUGUUAAGUCAUUCACACGGUGGCACAUGGACAUGACGAUGCUUCCACAUGUGUUUUAAUGUGUUCCCACAAAGUAUUCAUGCGUUCAAUGCAUAAUCUAAUUUUCAUGUUACCAGGCCACACGUGACUAACACAUUUCUGAAAUAAUCUGUAAUAA